UUGGAAUGGGCAUUGCCUCUACAAGUCCGCCCAAAUUACAGUAUCACCUAUGCAUCUUUUUUGUCCAUUUUAUUAUUUCUCUUGCUCCACGCAGCAGCCAUUCGGGGUCCAAAGCAGAUGCGCCAGGACUAUGAACAAUGUCGACAUCAUAUGUGGCGUACAUGAGCUAUAAAUGCCAUCAUUGUAUGGGUGCUCUCUGCGCACCAUUUGUUUACUUUUUGGUUGGCGGCUUUUACUGUCCUUUCCAUACUCCAUGUACAUUGUUGCAUACUCAGGUCUACCAGCGCUGGCAAGAAAUGCCAGAACACCAUCCACAAUUCAAAUAUCCUUGCAGCGAUAUAUCAGCCUGCAUAGUUGGCUAUAGCUAGACAUACCCGUCUGGUCGAUUGAGCAGCUGGCUCAGAAGCACUGGCCAUGCUGUAUCAAGGAGCACAGUAUUGUGUCUGUGAGUG